UUCUUCAAACCAGCUCACCGUUUGGAACUCCUCGCCGGAGCACGCCGGCGACGAUGGUGGCGCGAGCGCUCCGUUCUCCGUCUUUGCUUCUUCUCCUCCUCGUCUUUGUUUUUGUUGCCUUCCUCCGUCCCGCAAGCGCCAUCUACUGCGACGAAGACGAUUGCUACGAUCUUCUUGGGGUUUCUCAGAGUGCUAAUGUCUCGGAGAUCAAGAAAGCCUAUUACAAGCUCUCCCUCAAAUACCAUCCCGACAAAAAUCCGGAUCCGGAAUCGAGGAAGCUCUUUGUGAAGAUCGCCAAUGCCUACGAGAUUCUGAAGGAUGAAGCCACAAGGGAACAGUAUGAUUAUGCUAUUGCACAUCCGGAGGAGGUCUUUUAUAACACAGCACGGUACUACCAGGCAUAUUAUGGGCAUAAAACAGAUCCACGUGCAGUUCUUGUGGGUCUACUUCUGGUUCUUUCUGCCUUUCAGUAUUUAAACCAGUGGUCUAGGUAUAAUCAGGCUAUAAGCAUGGUCAAGAAGACACCAGCAUACAAGAACAGGUUAAGGGCGUUGGAGCUUGAACGUUCGGGUGGAGUUGUAAACAAGAAAAAGAAUAACAAACAAAUGGACAAAAAGGUGGAGGAAGAGCUUAGCAAUGAGCUUGAGCUGCAGAUACAUGGAGCUGAAAGACCCUCUGUUUGGAAACUGUUUGGUGUCCAAUUCUUGCUUUUACCUUACACUCUGGGCAAGAUAGCAUUUUGGAGAUUAUGCUGGUUUUGGAGAUAUCAAAUAAAGAAGGCUCCUUAUUCAUGGAAUGAUGCUUGCUACUUAACACAAACUGCUCUGAGAUUGCCCUUUGAUGCAUGGUGGAAUAUUGAUGAAACUACAAAGGACAAUCUUGUCCAGAAGCGUCUAUGGGAAACAGAUAAUAUGCAGAGGUACCACAUGGAGAUGAGAAAAGAAUCAAAACGUCGAAGAUAGCGUUCCCUUUAUAUCACGGGUUCAAGUGUGGUCCGAAGACUAGUUUUGUGCUGCUGCAAAUCAUUUGCAGAAAAUUUUUGGAGGUAGCAGUGGAUACAUAACCGUGUUUCUUGAGUUUGGACAUUUACCUCUCUUCUUCAUUUGGUUACCAUUUAUUCAAAUAUGGGUGUUAGACCUAUACUUUAAUUUGGGACCAAAGAAAAUGAACAGAUAGUUACCCAAAGAAAGUCUAGUAUACUUGACAAUAAUUGAGACUGUAUUCCUCAUUGUGUACUACCGCCCAUCAUUCUUCAACAAUUUUUUGUAUUAUUGUACUAGUCUAUGUCUAUGAUCAUCAAAUAAAUACCUGCUGCGACACAAACUUAUUCAA